AUGGACUCCCCGUCCACUUCGUCGCCUCCAAGGGCGCCGAAUCGCGCGUCGGACUCGGUCCAGACGGCCGUCAGUGGGACGACGGACAACACCACGGCCCUCCGUCUGCGACCCCCGAGAUCUCUGCCCCCCUGGAUCGACUCGUACGAAAAGCGCUACGGCCAACCCCCCGACGACCAGCUCCGCCUGCUGAGCCCGCCGUCGCGCACCGUCCGACCCCAGCACAACUCGACGCCCGACCAGCCCCGGCGCCGCGUCUCCAAGGACGGCUUCGUCGCCUGGGAAGACCCCCAGCUCGGCCCCGCGCAGGAUGCCCGCGCCCGCAUCCCCCACUUCCUUCGUCACGGCCGCGCCUCGAUGCGCGGCCGCAAGUGGGACCACCUGCGGACGGCCGACCCCGUCAUCGUCCCCGGCUACUACUCGCCGGCCACGGCCGCCCCGGCUCUCGCCUGGCACGAGUUCCUCCACUCCUCUGCCUGGGGGCGCGCCCCGGGGGAGGAGUCCGAGGUGGUCGACUACGAGGCCAUGCGCAAGCUUCAGCCGACUUUUGAUCGACGUGCCGACGAUGUGCUUAACCCGCACGACUCCAAGGCCAAGGGCCAUGGCUCGCGCCGCCGCCGCACAGCCGCCUUUUACAAGCGGGCGUGGAACGUCCUCAUACGCCACUCACUCUCUCCACUGCUGUUCCGUCUCGCCGUCGCCGUCACCUCCAUCCUCGCUCUGGCCGUCGCCGCCCGUAUCCUAGUCCUGGAGGAUUCUCACGACCGCGAAACGGCUGAGCGCACGCAGUCUCUCGUCGCGAUUGUGGUUGACUGCGUCGCCAUCCCAUACACUGGAUACAUGAUCUACGACGAGUACACGGGAAAGCCCGUGGGCCUGCGCUCCGGCGUCUCUAAAAUCCGCCUCAUCCUCCUCGAUCUCUUCUUUAUUAUUUUCAAGUCGGCCAGUACAGCACUCGCGUUCGAAAGUCUCGUCUAUCAUAACGUACGCGAGACGAACCUUCUGCAUCUUGCUGCAGCCCUUGGCGCAUUCGAGCUCGUUGGCCUCAUCUCCUGGACCAUGAACUUUAUCGUAAACGUCUUUCGAACCGUGGAGCGGCUUGGCGGUGGCGGCCCGGACACCGACGCGGGGCAUUCAUGA